UGAACUUCUCCAGAACAACGUUGGACGACCUCGGACACAGUCACACACUCACACGCGUCGAGAGAGAGAGAGAGAGAGAGAGAGAGAGAGAGAGAGAGAGAGAGAGGAGCUGUUCACCAUGGAUUUUGUUAAGCAUGAAGGAGCCUCACCCCAGGAGGUGCUGGAGGCCAAGGCAGCUAAGCAGGGCCUGGACAUCCUCGGCCGCGCCUUCGCCGACCACCUGGACAACGAAGACCCGCUCAGAGCCAUGCGAGACAGAUUCCUGUUCCCGAGCCUGGCCAGUCUCAAGGGGGUGGACCAGAGCCUGACGGAGGAGGGCGAAGAGUGUGUAUACCUCUGCGGCAACUCUCUCGGCCUGCAGCCCCGCGAGACCAGGGAGAGGGUCUUGGAGGUGUUGGACGACUGGGCAAAACUAGGAGUCGAGAGCCACUUCCUCGGUUCGAUCCCCGCCGCCUUCUGCGAAACCUACGGCAGGGAGGAGAUGGGGCGUCUGGUGGGAGCCUCGCCCUCGCAGGUGGCCCUCAUGAACGGGCUCACGGUCAACCUCCACCUCCUGCUCCUCGACUUCUACAAGCCCACCCCGACGCGCUACAAGAUCGUGAUUGAGGGCCAAGCGUUCCCCUCCGAUAGAUACGCCGUGAAGUCCCAGGUGAGGCUGAAGGGGCUGGACCCUGACGAGGCGGUGGUGCAGGUGAAGCCGCGCCCGGGGGAGCACACCAUCAGGACCGAGGACCUCCUGCAGCUGCUGAAGGAGGAGGGCCCUAGCAUCGCCGUCGUGUGCCUGAGUGGCGUCCAGUACUACACGGGACAGAAGUUCGACAUGGCGCGAGUGACGGCGGCGGGACGGGAGCAGGGAUGCGUGGUGGGCUGGGACCUGGCGCACGCGGUCGGCAACGUGGAGGUCAAGCUGGACGAGUGGGGGGUGGACUUCGCCUGCUGGUGCACAUACAAGUACCUCAACAGCGGGCCUGGGUGCAUAGCCGGGGCCUACAUCAACGCCAGGCACAACGAGCGGGCGGAGGCGCGGCUGGAGGGAUGGUGGAGCAACAGGCGGGAGACGAGAUUUGAGAUGAGGGAGGACUGCGACCGAGCUCCCUCCAUCGAUGGGUUCAGCCUGUCCAACCCCCCGCCCCUCCUCGUGGCUUCCGUGCUGGCAAGUCUCAAGAUCUUCGAUGAGGUGGGGAUGCCGCAGCUGCUGCAGAAACAGUACCUGCUGACGGGCUACCUGGAGCUGCUCAUUAAACACUACUUCGGCCGCGGCGGCACCGAGCGUCCGUCCGUCACCGUCAUCACGCCGGAGGACCCAGAGGAGAGGGGCUGCCAGCUGUCCCUCACCUUCUCCUUCCCCCUCAACCAGGUGCACCAGGAGCUCACCAAGAGGGGGGUCAUGUGUGAUGUCCGCCUACCCAACGUGAUUCGCCUUGCCCCCGCCCCUCUCUACAACUCCUUCGCGGACGUGCAUCGCUUCGUCAGUCUCCUCCAACACGUCUUCGAUAUAUGUAAGACUGAGGCUGCUUAGGUGUGUGUGUGUGGGUGUGUGUGGGUGUGUUUUCUAUGUUUUUAAGCAAGUGUUUAGCUGGUAAGGUGCACACUCAACCAAUUAAUCAAUCUCUAUAUCUAAUUGUCUAUCUAACUAUCAAUAUAUCCAUCUAUCUGGGUUUAUCCUCACAUGUUAAAGUUAAAUUGACCUACUUGUUGUAAUAUCCCAUCCCGUUGUUAUGAGAAGAAAAACAAUAAAGUCUACCACAAACACAA